AUGUUCCUUCUUUGUCUUGUGAACUUAGGAGAAUCUAGACUGAAACGCCCACGUCAUCAUAUGAAAGAAUAUGUCCAAGAAAACGGCUGGCUCGGUUGCCAUGAAACCCAUGAUCCAUACACAGAAAAUUUAGUUAUCAACCGUGUUGAUGGCAAUAAAGAGACACGCACUGUUUAUACGGCUGAUCUAUCAUCUCUUUACGGUCUAGUUGCAGCUAAAUAUCCUCUUCUUCUUGAAAUAACCGAUUAUUUCAUGGAACAUUCUGAACCCUUCUAUAAUUCCAAAAUUACAAGUACAUUAGGACAUGUAACUCUUGAAAUUCAGGCAGCCCAAAAAGGAGAAGGAUUUUGUGAUUACACAGCUCAAAUAAAGACUGUUCACAUUAAAAAAUGCUACGGGAAGGAGACACAUAGGAGAGAAACAUUUGAAAACAGAUUUAUUACAGAGGGUGAGCGCAAAACUAUCUUGAAUGCUAUUAAAGAUAAGAUCGGAAUCCUUCCAAAUCCUAAAUUUUAA